AUGGAUCGCAGGAUCGAAGAAGUCAAGGCAAAGGCCGAGCUUGAGGAAUUCGUCGAAGUCGGCCGUGUCGGAGAAGUUGCGGAUUUCCACAAGAAGGAGGCCCGGCUGAGGCGCAAGCUUGACCUCUACAUUGCGCCGGUGAUGAUGUUGCUUAUGCUCAUCAGCUACCUUGACCGGGGGCAAUAUUGGACCGCCGUUUCCAUUUUCUACAUCUUCUAUGUGUUGGCCGAAUUUCCCACAUCUAUAUAUGUCAAGCGCCUCCAGUUCAACAGAGUCAUUCCGGCCAUCACCUUCUGCUGGGGUCUUGUAUGUCUCUGUUCAGGAUUUGUGCGGAACUUCGCCGGCCUUUGCGUGUGCAGACUUCUUCUAGGGUUCUUUGAAGGCUGUUUGUUUCCUUCCAUGACGCUCUUCCUGGCAAACUGGUACAGACGUGAAGAACUGGCUCAGCGAAUAUCCUACCUAUUCAUUGCCUCGGCUCUUUCCGGUGCCUUUGGCGGACUGAUCGCAUUCGGUAUCCUCUACAUGGAUGGCGUUGCAGAUUAUCCAGGAUGGCGAUGGCUGUAUAUUCUGGAAGGGCUGAUUACUUUGGUCUGGGCCGGCAUGUGCAUCUACCUUGUACCCAAAGACUACCACACCGCAUACUUCCUCAACGAGGAGGACAAAAAGGUUAUGGCGGUGCGAGCGGAGCUGUCCGAGUCAUACAGUGGUGGUGACGGCCACUACAAGAUGAAGGACGUCCGACUCGCGUACAAGGACGUCAAGACGUGGUUGCAUGGAGUCAGUCAGAUCGCUGUCGUCACCAUCCUCUAUGGCUUUGGCACUUUUCUGCCCAUCAUCCUGAAGAAUGGUUUCCACUAUACCACCAAGCAGGCCCAAUAUCUCGUCAUCCCGGUCAACCUCUGGGGCGCUAUUGUGUAUGCUGUCGGGGCGGUCAUUUCAGACAGGUACCACAAGCGGUUUUUGGUGUUGGUCGUGUGUGCCCCAAUCGGCAUUGCUGGCUAUGCCGUCCUCCUCACCGAUGUUCCAGUCGGUGUGCAAUAUUUUGCAACAUACCUCAUUGCCACCGCUUGUUUCCUUUGCACUGGUGGCAAUAUCGCGUGGUUGUCGGGCAAUGUUGCUCCUGAUGCCAAGAGAGCCGCCAGUCUGGGUAUCCAAUUGACCCUCACGAACCUUGGAGGGAUCAUAUCAGGGCAGAUUUAUGCGUCAAAGUCGGCUCCGAAAUUCACGCUGGGCCACUCAUGGUCUUUAGGAAGCCUUGCCUUUGCUUUCAUCAUCUUCAUCGUUGUCCGCAUUCUAUAUGCGAGACGCGAAGCCGCAAAGGAAAAGGCUCGUGCAGAAGGAGUGGUGGUGCCGCCGGAAGAGUUUACGGACCGCUCACCGACGUUCAAGUACCAGUGCUAG